GAUUAUUCUGUGAAUUGGAAAUGUUUAUCCGCGGCGCGUAAUGUUGCGUAGUGUUCUUCGUUGCCUGGAAUAUAUCUUUAAAAUUUCCUUUUCUAAAAUUCCUCAUAUAAAUUUUGGACAACAACACAUCGUUAUUUUAUAUUAUGUACAAAAGUCUUCAGGUGGGGCAGGUCCCACAAUAUAGGGAACUCGUCAUUCAAAGUCUGGCGGUAUAUGAAAUGACAAAACUAAACGCCGCAUAGAAGAAAAAUAAUAAGAAAGAUGUUUAUUAUUUUAGGAGAAAUCAGAGUCGACGGGGUGGACAGUGCCCUCGAAAACAAUUUUUGCGGCUUAUACUGGGACCAUCUUCAAGGCCGGAAAGGAGAGCACAACCCGAAAGCAGAGGAAAUUGGCAAAAUGACCUUGUCGUUUGGUCAAACAAAAGUUUGUGAGAUAAGUCCAACCGAAGUUCUCAACUUAUGUAGUUAUUUCUUGGACCAGCAACGUAAGGCGGGGACGACGCAUGUGCAGGAGAUGCUGCACCUCAAUAAUACCUCACAGGCUGCUGAGCCUGUGCAACUGAAUAAUAUUGAUGCUGAGCCUAUGCACCACGAAAUUAGUUCGGAUCCUAUGCACCUCGAUGAUACGGCUGAUUCGGUGCACCUGGAGAAUAUUGUUGUUGAGCUGCAACACGAGGACUAUAUGGACGAGACGGAGCAGGAGGAUGACACUCCAAAUGCAGACAAUCCGAUAAUACCGCCGUCCCCGGAGAUUUAAAAAAAUGUCCAUAAGUGCAAAUUCUGCAACAAAGUCAUUGGAAAGGCAAGCUCCUUAGCAAACCACAUAAUGACGCACAAGAGCACAAGAAUCUUGGCUGCUUGGCCGGAGCACAGACAGAUCAGAGAGAGCACGAUCACCUUAGUUUGCAUUUCCUGUGGGUACAUUUUUUAUACACAUACAUUUUCUGACUCAACUUCCUAUUGGUACACAUCAUCAUUGAACGAAAGAUGAUCAAAAAUUUGUUAUCAGUUGAGAGGAUUGAUUGAUCCCUCAAUGAACUUUUGUUCUCGCAUUACCCACCAUUUUAAGAUGUUUCAACCUUUACAGAAACUAUAGCUAAAUCCAGCCGAAUCCCAACUGCAAUUUCCCUGUCAAGUUCUUCCGCUUCUAUCUAGAUUGAUGCCCAGUUCCUACGCAAACUGAAAUUAUCUCUAUGCGCCUUGACUCCACACAAACAAAAACUGAUUGUGCUAAAAAAAAAUAAUCUUAGAAGUGCGUCUAGAAUUUAUGUGGUUAUAGAGGAAACAUACAUAUGUGGCACAUGAGACGACUGCCACCAGACACCAACACAUGUGUACGUGCAGGCACACAUAUGUAGAUUCCUAUAUUGCUUUCAUUAAUAUAUACAAAGUGAAUAUGGGAAAGAAUGGGGUAGAGUACAAUUGUAAUAACAGAGGCAGAUACUCGUAUAGAAGAGGCAUACGAUUCCUUCAAGUUGAGCGAUAUGAGAUCGACUCUCGAGUCGUUUGUUUCUCGCUCAAAUGAAGACCCCGAACAAACAUACAUAUGAGCAUGUGCUAUGUACAUUUGAGUUGUCUGGGAACUCGAUUGCUGGCUGCUUUGAAAAAUGCAACUUCAUCAAAAAAUGUGCAUUACAGAAAUCUUAUUUACUAAAAAUACUAACUAAUCAUAGUCUCAUCUCAUGAGACCCCAUUUCAUUAUUGGCCGGCCAUUAUAAAUUAUUGGCCGGCAACUCCCCUAAAAUGGCCUUGCACCUGUUUCAAUCAAUUUCAAUUUAAAAAUUUGUACAUACAGCUGUAUGCUCUUUUAAUUGUCGGAUAUAUGCAAAUCACAAAAAUGUGACAGAAGUUUGUUUACCAGCAAAAAGAGGCACAGCGCAAGCCAGAAGUCAAACAAAUUUAGCAAGCAAUGGAAAAAACUGGUUUUUGUUCCAGUUAAGGGAAGCAGAAGUUACCAAAAGAAAGAGGCGACCCACCGAUUCUGGGGCGGGUAGGAACAAGUGCCAAACCGGUUCAAUGAACCUGAACAUAGCCAUGAGUGUAUGUAGAUGGAUGGAUACACACAAAAGAGUUGAAAAUGAUUACUGAUGCUUCCUCUUUUAUCACAAAAAAAUGUUCUUUAUUAUAUGAAUGCGGUUUCUUUACGUAGAGCUGUUGAAUAGUUGUUGAGCGUUUUUGCUUACGGAACAAGAAAAAACUACACUACAAUUUUGGAAAAAACUCGUAAAUGGUAAAUGCAGCUUCAACUUCCUGGACAUUGAAGA